AUGUCGAGUUCUCAAGUCAUCAAGGAUCUUUCUUCACAACCUGUCGCAGUUGAAAGUCGCUUAUCCAAGCGACAAGACCACACUGAAACCUCUCCUUUGACUCAAGAGCCGCAUCAACAAAGACACUCCAGCCAGGCACACUUCAAUAAAUCUCACAUUAUGGCAAGACACCUUCAGAUCCAUGGACAAAACAGCGACAUGCUAUCCAGCCUGAUUACCACACUCGACCACCUCAAAAAUGCCUCCGUGACCCGACAUCGCGAGACAAUCAACAUGAGAAACUGCGUUUCACUCACCCACUUCAUCGUCUCGCCUAUCCGAGCCAACUAUUUCCUCGCCAACCAACCAUGCAUCUCACCCGUUGACUAUGAUGCUGUGAUGCAACAUAUCAUACUGUACCCUCCACCAUGCCAAGUGCAGACCCAACUCAUCAAAAUAUUCGAUACGUGGCUCAGUCAGGUCGCCAGAAUAUUGUCAACAACAACCAAAAAAGAAUACAGAACCUGGCACGCAUCGCAAUGGGCACUCUCUGGACGCUGGCACGGAUGUAACUACUUUGCCCGUCUCGCUCUCCAUGAAGUAGGGGCAUAUUCUAGCGUUAUCCUUGAGACUAUUCACGUUGAUCGCGCCAACGAAAGGGAGGGAAAUUUCGAGAGUGAGUACAUCUACGAGAAAGCCGCGCGUUGGGUCGAAGGCUCAAAUGGCGCGGUGCGCUUGGUGACCAUUGCUCUUAUCUCGCAAGAUCCCUUGAUACCCUGGACCUCCCCGCUGUUACCAGGCUGGAAUCCUGCAUCAAGAAGCCAUGACUGGGGCAUCUCCCCAAACCAGAUCAUUCACAGUUCCAUCGACACAAUUGCGACCAACAUCACCUCACAGGACAAAACCUCUAGCGCGCGAAUUGGUGUCGAUCUCUACUUCGCAACGGCGUCAUGUCCCAACCAUCGCGGCUACGCAGAACAUGUCUGGAACGGCGUCUUCUGCGCAAAUGGUCAUUUGCUCCCUGCCGACUGGAAUAGUGUCGCAUCCAACUUUGCGCUUUCGCAGAUCUUUUCGGAAGCUACUACUACUAGUCACCAAGGCACUGCGGCGUUAGAUGAACUCAGGAUUCCGGUUAAUGACCUUAGGACUACGCUUCCUCGGGCGGUCACGAUGGAUCGAUUUGCGCAGGCUGAAUUCAUUGCUCGUGAUGCGCAGCAGGUUGUUAAACAGUGGAGGGCUCAAGGGUUGCCUACGGUGUGA